GAGGUUCGGUUAUGGGCUCAGUCGGUCGGUGUGGGUUUGUUGACGGUCGGUCGGUGUGGGCUCGCUCGGUGUGGGCGCGCUCGGGUGUGUACUGUGCUGGUGCCUCGCCUCUGCACUUCAUUCACACGGGAUGUUACGUUGUGCUGUACGGCGGCUGGACUUGGUAACUGCACCUGUUGGGGCACGUUUCAGGUCACAUUCGAAGGUGAGGAAACCGCGCUUUCCAAAACUGCCGGCUACUCCAGUCAUAUCAAAAACAUCAUCAAUCACCUGGUCGUCGGGAGAAGUAACACAUCCAGCUCCAUUGGAUUGUCCCUUAGGAAAUAAGGGAGAUUAUCCUCAGGAACUUCCAGAUGGUGGUCGUCAAUAUUUUGGAUUUCAAUAUUACCCAAGGUUCCCUGGUGAGGUAGAUCCUCCCUAUAAGCCAGCACCCCUUCACCUUGUCACCAGAGUUAGAUGUCUCAAGAACAAGCCUUGGUGGGACAAGGAUAUCAUGAAGAAACUUGGGCUUGAUGGGAAGAGAAGUGAUUAUACAAUUGUAAAGAACAUUCCUGAAAUCAAUGCCAUGUUGUGGAAAGUGAAAUACCUGGUCAAGAUUACCCCUAUAAGAGUGCCUGCAGAUCUUCCUGAAGAAGUUGACCCAAGAUGCUGUUUCUUGAAGGAGACUGGAGAAUUUUCAUAUUCUCAUGAGCUCAAGGUUGAAGAUAGUACUCUUGAGGAGGACCCAAAGACCAAUGCCACAAAGUGGGACAGAGAUUUAAUUGACAGUCAUACUCGGAAGAACUGGAAUUAUCCUUGGCAGCUAAAACUGUGUUGAUAUGUGAAAUGUGUUUGACUAGUUGGGAUCCAAAACAGAAACUUUAAUUCUGAGUUAUUUCCUUUGAAAUUGUUUCUUUACCAAGUGACCUCAUACUACUUCCUUGUAUAAGCUUAAGAUGGUGUAGUUAAACAGUUUUUUUGUAAUAUGAAGAUUCACAAAUAAAACAAAUAAUAUAAAGUACUAUACAAUACCAUAAAUGACAACUAUUGGUAUAUCUGUGAAAGCAUAGAUUUAUUUGUAUACUAAAUUAUUGUGUAAAAUAUCAAUGUUAAUGUGCAGGCUUGUGUAAAUAAACAGUCACAUUUA